AUGCCAGCCUCUUUGUCUGCCCUUUCGGAGUCAGAAUAUACUACGCUCGGCCGGAAGGCCAUCAUGAAAUUGGAUUCUCGCGUGAUGCCCUGCAUGGUCAUCAUGUACAUCUUGAACUAUCUAGACCGACAAAACAUCGCGUCCGCAAAGCUGGCAGGGAUCGAAGAAGAUCUGAGCAUGAAUGACGUACAAUACCAGACAUGUAUCAGUAUUCUGUUCAUCGGCUACAUCUUGAUGCAAGUCCCUUCGAAUAUCAUUGUUGGGAAGAUUGAACGUCCGGGGACGUACAUCUGCAUCUCGAUGGCAUUGUGGGGUGUCAUUUCUGGGUGUAUGGCUUCCGUCAAAAAUUACUCAGGGAUCUUGGUUUGCCGAUUCUUUCUUGGGUUUGUCGAGGCCAUCUUCUUCCCGGGGGCGCUGUUCUACCUGUCCCUGUUCUAUAACAGAAAGCAAUACGCCCUCCGAACCGCAAUCUUAUACUCCGGGUCCCAGUUGGGGAACGCCUUUGGGGGGCUUUUUGCGAUCGCGAUUCUGAAACUCGAUGGCGUGCAUAGAUUGGCAGGAUGGCGAUGGCUCUUUCUGGUCGAAGGAGUUGCUACUGUCGGCUUAGCUUUCAUCCUUGCUUUUAUUCUGCCAAAUUCACUGAAGUCGCUGCUAGGCUUCAGCGAUGUGGAGAAGGAGUACCUGCAGUGGAACUUCGAAUCGGACCAGGGACAACAAGACAAUGCGGAUGAGGUCGGAGCGUGGAAGGGGGCUAUGAUGGCCCUGGUGGAUCCUAAGACCUGGUUCAUGAUGGGGACCCUGUACAGUAUAUAUAUUUGUGCUGCCGUUACCAACUUUUUUCCGUCGGUCGUCGCCACGCUGGGCUACUCUCGGAAUACAACAUACGCACUCACAGCACCGCCAUAUAUUCUAUCCGUAGUCGCAAUGAUUAUCAAUGGGUUCCAUUCUGACAAGAAGCAAGAGCGGUAUCUGCAUAUUAUAUGUCCGAUAAUCGUCUGUCUGGUGGCCAAUAUUAUCGCCGUAUGUACCCUCAACACCGCAGCGCGAUAUGUUGCAAUGAUGCUGAUGCCUGCAUCAUUCUAUUCGGCCUCGACCAUUCUCUUGUCAUGGGUUGCUGGCUCUAUCUCACAGCCCUCCAUCAAGCGGGCAUCUGCCAUAGCCUUGAUCAACGCGAUCUGCAAUACUCCCAAUAUUUGGGCUUCCUAUUUAUACUUCUCUGAACCACGAUAUCUCGUUGCAUUUGUGGUCAAUCUUGCCGCGGCCGCUUUGACCAUUGCGCUGGCUACAGUAACGAGGGUGUAUUUGCGACGACAGAAUCAGAGGCUGGAUAGUAGCAUGGAUACGGGUCGGAGUGGACCGACAGAGGCUCAAAAGGCUGCUGGGUUUAGAUAUACAUUGUGA